AAAAUAAUUCCUUUCAACUAUGAAUACUCUCUAGCUUAUCCAAUUUUAACCAGGUAAGUUGCAUUAUGCGCAUAUAUCCAAUUAGUGUGGCUGACAAUUGGUGGACAGUGGGGAGAAAUGAAAGUAGAUUGUUUAAUUUGGAGGUUCGUAUAGAUUUAUUGAUUUCAAGGUGGUAUUCAUCACGGGGUGACAUCAGUUGGAGAAGUAUUGAAAACCUGGGAGUGCUGAACAACCGUUUUGUCCUAGUAUGCGACUCUUCAACAGAACACACUCCCAGUCCCUCUCGUCAGGGAUCGAACACGAAACCUUUAUGUCUUGCGGUGAGCACGUUACCAUUCAGUCACUGGGUCGGGAUCCUAUGGUACAUAUUUUUCUACUUCUGUCAAUCUGUGCUUUUGGUCAACCAUCAUCCAAUGGCAUCGGUGAGUAUUUGUCCUCAUAUCCGACCCAACUGACUACAC